AUGGGAUUGCACAGGGCGCUGCUGGAGCAGGCCGCGUCCGCGCGGGAAGAUCCCGCGGGCGAGGUGCCCGCGGACAUCCUCGCGGCAGGCAACGCCGCGCAGCACCAGAAGACGUACAACUUCAAGUCAGGCAACGUUGUAGAGUUGCUGAAAGAGCUGAAGAGUAAGUUCGAGGACGACCGAGUGGAGGCCACCAAGGCCGAGACCGCGGCGAAGAACGCCUACGACCUGGCCGAGGACGCCCGCAGCAAGGCCAUCGAGGCCAGCGGGCAGACGCCGGCCAGAC